AUGUAUGAUUCAAAUCGGAUAUCUUCGCGAAGAGUUUCGGUUGAUAAGAUAUCUACACAAAUGUAUAAUGAUUGUGUUACAUUAUUGACUGGAGGAGUUGUAAGUGUUAAUGAUGAAGAAUAUCGACGACAGCUAGAUGCACUUGUAGACAGUCAGGAAUAUACGGUAGCAUGCGAUGUAUAUGAUGAAAUACUUGGCCACAUGGAUUAUGCAGUUAUUAAUUUGCCAACUAAACGAAUACUGUUGACAAGUGAGCAAAGACAACAAGUGCUUGAAGCUGUUGUGGAACGAUUUAAGGAUGAUCGACAUCCGAUUGGUAGUUGUCUGCAGUUCAUACAAAAUAAUUACAUUGGAUUCCCUCCUGUCAUAAAGCUUAGAAACGCACUUUUGGAUUGCUUAAGUCAGAUUGCACCGAAUGCAGUUGAAGAUGCGUCAAAGGAGGGUGGUAUAAUUGGAUCAGGAAAUGGUUUUGGUAAGGUAGCAAGUGACGGAAAGGGAUUGGAGGAUGGCGGACAUGAAAUGAAGCAGUUUCGACGUCCAAAUGUUAGAGGGUCUCGAGGUUCCGGCUCAUCAAUCAUCAAUUUGAAUACGCCAAUACCAGAUAAUCAGUAUGAUGUUUUGGCGCAAGUUCUUGCUGGAAAAAUGAAUGUUGACGAUAUUCAAGAUUGGAUUAUCAAAGAGGCAAUAAAGACGCGUUUGACAGGUGAAUUUAUUGCUGAAUAUUGGGAUGGGCCUCGAGAAUUCUUGUCUGGUGGCUGGAGAAUUCGCUUAAAAAAUUCCAUGAAAGUGGUACCGAGAAAAAGUGAGGUUGAUGAGAUUUGGCGUCAGUGCAGUGAAACAAUGGGCCAUGACAGCUCUCAAAGACAAAUUCUUAACUAUCUUGAUACGAGAUAUGUUGGUAUAUCCACACGAUCUAGGCUGCGUUUUGCAAACAAGGACAUGUUAUUAAAAGGAACUCGGGUUCAGUUUCCAUCAAAACCACGCUGUAUUGGUAGUAAACCGAUGCAGUAUGUUCAGAUUGAUAUGAUUGAAAUGGAAAGCUCAGAAUACGGGGAUCGUUGCUAUAGUAUGGCCUUAUUGGUCACUGAUUUAUAUUCUCAAUUUGUAUUUGGAAGAGCGUUAGCUGAUACUGCAGACUCUUCUUUGUUGGUCAGACAUUUGAUGGAUAUUUUCGGUGCAUUUGCUCCGCCCGAAGCGUAUCGAUCGUAUACUAAUAAUGUGGUAAUCGGACAUGUAAUGAUGGACAUAGAAAAGCUAUUCAAAAUACAAAUAAAGAAUGUCGGUCAAGGUGUUAUGUGUCACUACAAUUUGCGGGCAAGUAUGUACAAACGAGCUGAAGAAGAACUAGGCAGUCGAGAACGUUGGGUAGAAUCACUACCAUUCGCUGUAAUCGAAUAUAAUCAACGGCCUUUGAAAGGUUUUGGCGAUGUUAAGAUUUCCCCUUUUGAAGUUAGUUCUUUUCCAAUUUCUAAAAUUCCUUAA